GUGUGUCAAAAGGAUGAUGCACUCGGAGAGAGCAUGCGUUUCGUCUGGAACUCCGCUACGGACGAGAUCAGUGUGACCAACCAAGUUGCAAAAGAGGCCCAAGGGGGCAUCUUCUCUCUCUCUCUCUCUCUUUCUUUCUUUCUUUUCGUACUUGUCCGCCCCUCUGGUUCUCCGCGCGUACCAAGCUUGGAAGGGGAGAAGAUAGCAAGUGCGGUCUAGUCCACCUGCCAACCUUCUCCCCGGAGGCCAAAGAACACACUUGUGACCGUCCCGCAGAAGGCUCUCUCUCUCUCUCUCUCGCUCGCUCGCUCGCUCGCUCGGAGGGAAGGCGGACGCAAACAUGUUCGGAAGGAAGCAUAACUCUCAUGAUGACCAGGAUCAUGCUGCUCUACCACACCAAGAGAAGGUGGAAGAGCUGAGAGCUGCUAUCGGACCCUUAUCCGGACGUAGCUUCAUGUUCUGCACCGAUGCAUGUCUGAGGAGAUACUUGGAAGCUUGGAACUGGAACGUUGACAAGUCGAAGAAAAUGUUAGAGGAGACACUCGAGUGGCGAGCGACUUACAAGCCAGAGGAAAUUCGUUGGCCUGAGGUUGCUACCGAAGGUGAAACCGGCAAGGUCUACAGAGCGGAUUUUCAUGAUCGUGAGGGAAAAAGUGUUCUUGUGCUGAGACCAGGGAGACAGAACACAUGCUCACACGACAGCCAACUCAGGCAUCUGGUGUAUCUCCUGGAGAAUGCCAUCAUCAAUCUGCCCCAAGGACAAGAGCAGAUGGUUUGGCUGAUAGACUUCACGGGAUGGUCAUUGAGGAACUCGGUGCCGAUUAAGACUGCUCGAGAGACGGCAAACGUUUUGCAGUCUCACUAUCCCGAGAGGCUUGCGGCUGCAUUCCUAUAUAAUCCCCCAAGAAUUUUUGAAUCAUUUUGGAAGAUAGUUAAGUAUUUCCUGGACCCGAAGACCUGCGAGAAGGUGAAAUUUGUGUACCCGAACAAGGAAGAGAGCAUGGAAGUGCUGCGCAAAAGCUUCGAUUUCCAGAUGCUGCCCGAGGAUUUUGGAGGAGAGAGCAAUGUGCAUUAUGAUCACGAGGAGUUCGCGAGACUGAUGGCAAAGGAUGAUGCCAAGACCGCGGCGAUUUGGGGAGAGGAUCAUGCUGCCGGAGCAUCUGAAGUCGCACAUUUGGUAAGCAUGAACGAGAACAGCAACUCGAAAAAGGAGCAAGUCAAAACAACAAGAUAAGCGAUAUGAUCAUCUGGAAUUUGACUACGCUAAAAGAACUACGACACCAAUACACGGGCUGUAUCAUCACUUGUAUACAGAACAACUUCAACGAUGUCUGGAUCUGAACAUAUUCGAUUGCAGCAAAAAUAUACGCACGAGAGUAAGGCUACAAACUUUCAGCCUGAUCGGACAGAAAAGACAUUCCGUUUAUGAGAAACAAAAUGGGUACAUUAAAACCUACAUAAAUAAAUAAAUAAAAAGUAUUGGUUAUAUGUUUGAUGCAAAGGAAAAAGUAUAUGAACCAAGUUGACAUUUCUUUGGACAUCCCUUCCCUUGUUGAUAUUUAAUUAUUGACAGAAAAUGUUGGAGAGGUUAAAAAACAUUACUGAAAGAAUCAAGGUUUUAUGCCAAACUAUAUGCAUGCUCCGAAUUAUGUGAACAAACCAAUGGAAUACAUCAUAUGAAACAGUCAAAAACUUUCCAUGCAAGAAACUUCCAUAGACAAGUUGGAAACACGGGGAAUGCAGGCAACAAAAA